AUGCCGGCCCGCUUUCCACUCGAGGCGGCGUUUCAGCCACGCAGGGUACAAGAACAAAAGGAGCUCGAAACUCUGCUCAGCGGCGGUGUUCUGUCAAGGCAGAAUGUCUUAACCCGCUACGUGAUAACGGCCAAGAAGUACAGCCCGGGCUGCGAAGUCGAAGUUGCCAACACCGAGCUUGUCGGGAAGCAGACGACGAUUCCCAUCCCGGAAAUAUUAAACCAUUGGCAGGAAAACGGCCAAUUCUUCAAGGUACAGGCGUGCAAAAAAGGUAAGCCUCUCACAGACGCCCUACCGACAUUGGCCCACGACGACAUCGCAAGCGUCGGCCGUGAGGUAGGUGAGUCGCUGCUCCAACUCCGCCGUAUCACUUCCCCGACAACUAAGACGCUCGUCGGCUGCCCAGUCUUUGACAGCCGGCUUGGCUACCCCUUGGAAGAUGUUGGCGCGUACGGUAGCUACUCGGAAUGCGCAUCCGACGCCGACGUGGCGGAUAACCUGGCGCUGGCUAUCCAGCAUGUGGACGACACGACGCUGACGGCCCUGAUGGCGAAGAUGCCGUCAUGCGAGCCGUUCACGUUCACGCACUCUGACGUGCAUGAGGGCAAUAUCGUGGUGAGAGACGGUAAGUUCGUCGGACUCGCUGGUUGGGGGCUGGCUUCGUACUCGCCCUGUUGGUGGGAGUAUGUCAAUGCCGACCCGUUGCUUGCUGACCACUUCCCCGAGGAGAUGAAGUACCCCAAGGCCUUGGAGUGGUUCACUGUCUACCAGGCUGUUCUUGAAAGGGCUUGGGACGAAGAGACCCAAGAUUUGGUCAUGGAGUAUAUUGCUUCGUGGCUGGACUUGAGUGACUUGAGUUGA